AUGCAGUCAGACAAGCCAAUUCUGGAUGUCAAAAAGUUUCUAUCGAGAAAAAUCGUGGAUAACAGCAAGUCUAAAACGGUCCUUUCAGUAAUUGUGCAGGCACACAGCCGCGCUAUUGAAGCAAUCCGUAUCCAUUUCGUAUGUUCUGCUCAAUCUUACAUUCAGCGACUUUGCAUUACUCCUGCAACAACGGCACAUCAUUAUACUAGCAUUGAGUUUCCAUAA